AUGUUUCCUUCCCUUACAGUGACCUGUCCUGCUUUGACUGCACCAGACAGUGGAACUGUGUCAUAUUCCACAAACGGUGCAACAACUACCGCCAGUUACACUUGUAGCUCUGAGUAUUCUCUCGCUGGGCCAGAAUCUAGGGUCUGUCAAAGUAACAACUCUUGGGCAGAUGAAAACCCUACUUGCACGUGUAUUGUCCCGACUGCCCCUGCGAACGGAAGUUUCACUGUUGCAGUUGACGGGACGUUAACAUAUUAUUGCGAUGUCGGAUUCGUACUCAAUGGUGAUCGUACACGUACCUGUCAGACAAAUUCGAACACUUGGUCCGGUGUAGAACCAACCUGUGAUCAAUGUGAUGACAUAGUUGCUACCUCGGGUCUGAAUAUCACAGCCUCGGCCACUGGUACUACAACCAUUUCGUUAUUUAGUUGUGCGGCUGGUUAUACCCUCGAUGGAUCUUCAAAUUCAACGUGUUUGCUGUCAGGAUCAUGGGAUUCAAGCGCACCAACUUGCUUGCUCUGUGAAGAUAUAAACAGUACAAACACAUUGCAAGCAGCAAUUACUACAGACGGUUACGUGAGCACUGCAACAUUUACAUGCGUGACAGGUUAUCAUGUUGUUGGUCCAAGUUCUGCUACAUGCGAUGAAGCUGGUGCUUGGAACAGCAUACCGACAUGUGAAUGUGAUGAACAAACAGCAUUUUCAAAUGGUGAUAUAGAAGGAAACGGAACAAGCUCGCAGUUUUCAUGCGAUGCAGGAUACAGUUUGAUUGGUUCCUCAGUAACUGAAUGUUUAGACGACGGAACAGGCUGGAGUGCUGAUCCACCUUCAUGUGAUGAAUGUGAUUCCCUCGUUAGUCCUGUUGGUGUUUAUUAUAAUUUGUCUACGGACGGUGUAGUUACUAUGGCAACGUAUUUUUGCAGUUCUGGGUAUACUAUGUCAGGUCAACAAUAUUCAUAUUGUCAGAAUGAUGGUACCUGGAAUGAAACAGCUCCAACAUGUAUUAAUUGUCCAGAUCUGACAGAUCCGGUCAGUGGUACAGUUACUAUAAACACCGACGGGGUUACAAGCGUAGCUCAGUACGCAUGCGCAUCGGAGUACGAUAUUUCUGGUGAAACAGCAAGCACCUGCUUGACAGACGGAGCUUGGGAUAACGCUCCACCUACAUGUUCUUGUUCCCCGGCAAGUGUACCAGCUUAUGGUUCGGUAUUAUCUGACAAUGGAGUGUCGGUUUACUACCAAUGUAACUUAAACUACAGUAUGAAUGGUACAAGUGUCCGGGAAUGUUCUAUUGAUGGAACUGGAUGGAGCGGAAGCGACCCAAUAUGUGUUCCAUGCGAAACACUUGUCUCAGUAUCCGGCGGCUCUUUUUCACCUACAACAGACGGUGUCAAUACAAAAGUGGAGUAUUCUUGUGAUAUUGGUUACACAAUCAAUGGAAAGAAAGAAAUCACGUGCAAUUCUGACGGCACGUGGGAUUCUAGUCAGUCCACAUGCACUCAAUGUGAUACUCUUACUGCACCGAGUGGUGGAAACUUCACGAUAUAUAGCGAUGACAGCACCGUGACAAAAGCUAUCUUCACGUGUGAUGUUGGAUAUACAUUGGACGGAUAUAGUGAACUCACUUGCGAGGAGACUGGACAAUGGGAUAAUGAGAUUCCACAAUGUGAAUGCAACGAACCAUUGUCACCUGACAACGGAACAGUCACGGUUUCUAAUGACAAAACACAAGCUGAAUAUAUGUGUAACCUAGGGUUUACUUUACACGGAGUUAGUACAAGAACCUGCCAAUCAGAGGGUACAGGAUGGUCAAGCAGUGACCCUGUCUGUGUCGGGUGUUCAACACUCAGUAGUCCAAGCAAUGGCAGCGUCACCUUAUCAACAAAUGGGGUAUUAACAGUAGCCACUUAUUCCUGCGACGUAGGAUUUACUCUAAAUGGAGAUGUAACAUCGCAGUGCCAGGUUGAUGUAACUUGGUCAACCGUACCGCCAACUUGCUUGUCCACAGCUUCGCCGUCAGAGUGCAACAGUGGGGACAGUGGUGGCAGUAAUUUAUUACCAGCUGUUAUUGUUCUUGCCAUCCUAGCUUUGUGCUUAGGAAUUGCAUUUGGUCUAUCAGUGUUUUAUAUAUGGAAACUGAAGACAAAAGCACAAGGUUCAAGUAAUACUAAAGCAUCAAACCAGAACGGAACUUUUUCGUAUGAUUUCCCAGCUUCUAAAGCACCAAUGGAUCAUUCCCAACAUAUAAUGGACUUUCGAAACACGUCCUCCGCAAUGUCUGCACCAAUGGGUCACCAUCCAUCACCAAGAAUUGAUUCAAUAACACCACGAUCUCUGUCGACAACUGUUUCUUCAAACAGCCUUCAUCUGAGCCAUUUGAACCUUAUAAGAGAAGAUACGACAAGCUCCGUAAUAUUUGAUCAAAACAACCCUGCACCUUGGAUCAAGAGGCCAAAACACGAACAUGGCACCAGCUUAAGUACUGGACUUUUUCCACCAAUCACAGAAUCUGGAACGAAUUUAACCAGUCCGAGAGGAAAUAAUAACCCCGGGCUGAAAUAUCCCAGGAAAAAGAAACAAUCAUUUACCAAAAAGAUGCAACGACAAAAUUCAAUCAAUGCUGGUAAAACUGAUGUGUCGGAUAAAAAACAAGGGAAAUCGAGAAUAGUAAAGGCAGAAUCGGUUAAGCCCAUGUCAAGACCAAAAGUUAUGGUCAAUCGUAACGGCUCCAUACCGAAAAGUAUUGGAACUGCUAGUAAUAGUGUUAUGGCUGUGCCAGGGCGGAAACCUUCUGAACAGCUCGCACGAGCAUCGACACCAGUGAAUCAUCACAUUGAAGUUGAAGAUCCCGAUCAAUGUAGAACACCUAGAUCAAAUAAGUUUGCUACUGUUCAAUAAACUAUGUUAUUUAUUUUAUGAAUUGUUAAUGUUACCUUGUUGAAAAGGUACGAAUGUUGUCGUGUUGGUUUUAGUAUUACGUUUGAUGUUUUGUACUUUGACAGAAACAAAAUAAAUACAUUGUGAAACAUGGUUUUUGUGAAAAUGAUGUGAAAUAUGCACGCAUGCCAAUAGUGUUGACAUUUUAAAUCUCUUGCACGAAAGGCAGGGUUAACUGUCAUGACUGUCGUAUAUCUUUUUAAAGCGGUUUUCUUUUUCUAAAACAAUUUGGCAAUUGUGAAUGAAAAUUGAUACAAUUGUUUGUUAAAGGAUGGGGGAAUAAUUUAAAUUUGGCAA